AUGCAGUCCGCGCCAGAAGCGACUGAGGCCUCGAUCCAGAAUGAUCGGCCAGGCACCCCACCCCGCCCACCUUAUUCCCCAGUGACCCCGGUAUUCGCGCACCUCGACCUGGUCGCCUCUGCCAACGCCACCAUAGUUCCUCCCCCUCUGUCACCUUCACCUGCAUCGCAUGCGCUCCCAGAACCUCUGUUGGGUUACCGACCACCACCCCCUCCAGCAGCCCCGCCCGUCUUCAAACCAGAACCCCCGCCAGUGCCUAUCUCCGAGAGCGAGAAUCCGGAUGCUAUCGCGUUGCGAUCCGCCAUCUCUAUCCUGCAAAUGCAGAAGCAGCAAACGCUGCGCGAUAUUCGGAGUUUAGAUCGGUUGAAAGAGGCUGCUGGUGCGGACCCGGAGGGGUUUGCGCAUGAUUUAGCGACAGGUCGUUUGCGCACCGAGGAUCGCGGGGCAGUGAUUCAGUUCUCGGGUGACGAUGUCAUGGACACGGAAGAAGACCAUAAGGAGGGCGAUGAGAAAUCAAAGACAGACGGUACUUCCACGUCAAAGUUUGGCCGCUUACCACCACCACAGAACGUGGUACGAAUGCCGCCGAUAAAUUGGGCCAAAUACCAAGUCAUAGGCGAUUCGCUGGAUCGCAUGCAUGAAGAGCAGCUACGACGACCUACUGCCGGCGAACCCAGGCGAGAACCUGCGCCGGAGUAUAUGUUGGCUUCGCCUUAUCGUCCACUUGUUGAUCAGUUGGAUACACCUGCGCGGCUGGCCCGGCCCAGCAAGACCAAAAAGCCAUGA